AUGGCACGGCUCCGGAGGAAGGCUUGCGUUGCUCUCUUUCUUUUCACGCUGUUUAUCUUUGGGACCAUGAUGGGAUUGAGGACGCUCAAGCCCAGCGACGGCUUCUCCGAUCUGGCUCCGGGUUUGGACCUGCUGCCGAUGAUCGCGGGGAAGGUGGACCGGCGCUCCGUGCCCCGCGAUGCCACCGCUUCCCCGGGUCAAGCCCGCCCGCCCGGCACCAACACCAAAGCAGUUCUCUCCAACUCCGGCCCCGAGGGGAUUAUAUUCUACGAUGUGCAUAUUUUUUACUACACUUGGUACGGCAGCCCACACAUGGACGGCAAAUACAUCCACUGGGACCACAUCCUGGUUCCGCACUGGGACCCCAAAAUCGCAUCCAGCUACCCGAGAGGGAGACACAUGCCGCCCGAGGACGUCGGCUCCAGCUUCUACCCCGAACUCAAUCCGUACAGCUCCAGAGAUCCAGACGUGUUGGAGUCCCACAUGGAGCAGAUCGGAGCAUCCGCAGCAGGGGUCCUGGUCCUGUCCUGGUACCCUCCUGGUCUGGCUGAUGACAACGGAGAACCCGCUGAGGAUUUAGUCCCGGCAGUACUGGAUGCUGCAUAUAGACACAAUCUCAAGGUCGCGUUUCACAUCCAGCCGUACCGAGGACGGAACGACCAGAGUGUGCACGACAACAUCAAGUACAUCAUUGACAGGUAUGGUGACCAUGGAGCCUUCUACAAGUUUACUUCCAGCACAGGGAAGAGUCUUCCUCUGUUUUACAUCUAUGACUCCUACUUAACUCCACCAGAGGCCUGGUCUGAGUUCCUGACUCCCACCGGCUCCCACAGCGUGCGCGGCUCGGCUUACGACUCCGUCUUCAUCGCCCUGAUCGUGGAGGAGCGCCACAAGCACGACAUCCUUGCGGGCGGAUUCGACGGCAUGUACACGUAUUUCGCCUCCAACGGUUUCUCCUUUGGUUCUUCUCACCAGAACUGGAAGGCCAUCAAAGCUUUCUGCGACGGGAACAAUCUCCUUUUCAUCCCCAGCGUGGGGCCUGGGUACAUCGACACCAGCAUCCGGCCGUGGAACAACCACAACACACGCAACCGGGUCAACGGCCGCUACUACGAGACGGCCCUGCAGGCGGCGCUCAACGUGCGCCCCGAGAUGGUCACCAUCACGUCUUUUAACGAAUGGCACGAGGGGACGCAGAUAGAGAGGGCGGUCCCUAAGAAAACUGUGACCCGCGUGUACUUGGACUAUCAGCCACAUGGACCCGACCACUACUUGGACCUGACCCGCCGCUGGGCCGAGCAGUUCAACAAAGAGAAGGAGCAGUGGCUCAUGUGA